AUGUUUCUAAAGCGUAUAGCAUCUUCUUUUUCAAGAAGUCAUCAUCACUUAGUGAUACCUUAUUACAAUAAAGGUAGAAUACUUAUUAUAUUGUUAGGCUUUUAACAACCAUUUAAUAAGAGCAAGACUACAGAAUUUGUUAAAGAAGGAUUGAAUAUAAAAGAUCCUGAUGGAUUCAUCUAUGCUUUUAAUAAUGUAAUUGCUUCAAUCAACCAUGAAGAUUUUACAGAAUUUGCUAACAUUACUUGUGAUUCAGAAUUAGUAAAAGGAUUUGAAACAGGAUUAAAACGUCUAAAAGAUAAUAAUUAAUUGAUUGAACCAAUUUAUGAUCCUGAAAUUGAAGAAGAAAUUAUUUUUAGUAAUUAUGGUAUUUGCUUUGAAUUAAAUGAUGAACAAAGUUAUUAUCUAUAAGUAUAAAUGAUAAUAUAAUUUAGAAACCAAAUUGGUAAUUAGAAUUAGCAGAAAUAAAAUUUGAAUUUUAUAAUAUUUUGCAUUAGAUGCUCAAGAAUCCAAUAACUUAAGGACCAAAGUUAACAGUUAUUUUAGAUUGCUUUAUCAAAUGUAAAACUAGUAUUAAAAUAUAAAAUUUUGAAGUAUUUUUAUUUAAUUUAUAACUUAGUUACAUCCAUAUGCAUAUCAUGCUGUUAAAUUCAUGGCUAAAAAACAUGUUCAUGACUUAAAUAUUCUUUCGAUGAUGAAAGAAAGCAAUUUUGAAAAAUUGUUAUUGGGACAGAGUUAUAAUUGGAGAAUAAUUAAUAUUGAUAAUUUUCUGAAAAGAUGA